GCUGUCAUCAUCCGGCUUUCCCUGUUUUUCACUUCUCAUCAGUCGUCAGCCGAGAAGUAAUUUACUUCGCCGCCAUUCUGGUUUCACGUUGCAUUUGACCGUAGUAUUUAUACUAUAAUAUAAUCGAUAGUUUAGUGUGUGAAACAAGUAUACUACAGAUCUCUUAGAAAAUGCUGUCCACCAAAUCGGUACUAGUGGUACUGGUACUAGCUCUCCUCUCACUGGGAUCCGCUCACGAUGAGGACACCGAAAGCGUCCAGUUGACCAGCGAUAACUUCCAAUCUGAGAUCGCGGAAAGUAAUUACUUUGUCAUGUUCUUCGCCCCAUGGUGCGGUCACUGUAAAAAGCUUGCCCCCACUUGGUCCAAGCUGGCCAAGAAUGCUAAGGAGAAUAACCUUGCCAAAAUCGGGCGUGUGGACUGUACCAUCGAUGGGGACUUGUGCAGUGAACAGGACGUUACCGGCUAUCCAACGCUCAAGUUCUUCAAUGGUAACCAGGAAGCGGUAAAAUAUCGUGGAGCUCGUGAGCUCGAAGCUUUUGAAAGCUUUAUUCGUGAGCAGCUGGGUCUAGAGGAUGAGAACAAUUCGGAGGAAUCUGUUGCUGAGCCACCGAAGCCAGUUUCUCCGUUGGUUGAACUGACCGAGGAUACCUUCGCCAAGCACAUUUCCAGUGGGAAGCACUUCGUAAAGUUCUUCGCUCCGUGGUGCGGACAUUGCACUAAGCUAGCCCCGACUUGGGAAGAGCUCGCUAAGACACUGGAACACGACAAAUCCAUUAGUAUUUCCAAAAUUGAUUGCACUCAGUAUCGUCCGAUUUGCACCGAUUUCGAAGUGAAGGGUUAUCCUACUUUGCUGUGGAUUGAGGAUGGCAAGAAGAUUGAGAAGUAUUCUGGUCCACGCACUCAUGCUGAUUUGAAAGAGUACGUCUCCAAGAUGGCCGGUGGAUUGCAGCUGGAUGAGGCCGCUGAAAAAGUUGAAGGCGCGGAAAAGGACAACACUUCUGCCGUUGUCCAGAUAUCCGAGCCGGAAUUCCUUCACGUAAUCGAGAAGGGCGUCACCUUCGUGAAGUUUUACGCCCCUUGGUGCGGACAUUGUAUGCGGAUGGCGCCAACCUGGGAACAGCUGGCGGAGAAGUUCGUUGGAACGGAUCAGGUUAAAAUCGCGAAGGUUGAUUGCACCCUGGAAAUCAACAAGGAUCUCUGCAGCGAGCAAGAGGUAAAUGGUUUCCCAACUGUGUUCAUCUAUAAGAACGGAGAAAAAUUGAGCGAGUAUAAUGGGAACCGCUCGCUAGAGGAUCUGCACGAUUUCGUUACCAAGCAUGUUGGUGCCCACGAUGAGCUGUAAAUUUCUUUUUUGAUAAGGGGUCGGGCGAAGCGAUUUGUUUCGAAGAUUCUCAGUACAAUUGUGCGGCUCGGAUGCGAAAAGUAUGUAGCCAGUGUUUCAAUUCUAUCCUUGUAUUUGGUAGGGCCAAUAGUGGAUAAAUAAGUACGACGAGAGCAGACGGAACAACUCUAUGAAAUAAAUUGUGUAUCAAAAAAAGGAAUGUCUACAAAUAGUAGAAUAUAGAAAAGUGUAAAUUCAAA